GGAGUGAGUACAUAUAUUUCCAUACAGCCGCGCGUAAAAACAGCCACACCUGACUUUCUAGGCGCCCCUGCUUUUAUUUAAAGCAAAUUUCAGACCUCCCUCCAUCCCUCUCUUAACAAAACUUACAGCGGCAUAGCCGUUCUUUAAAGGCUCAACGUUGCUCUUCGUUUUCUUCUCUACUGCGUCCCUUACGUAACUUUCAUCUUCGUCCGAGAGCGAGGGAGAGAAGAGGAGAGAGAGAGAGAGAGAGAGAGAGAGAAAGAGAGAGAGGGUUCGUACAGCAAUGGCGUUUGUGUCAUUCGUCGGGAGAGUUCUCUUCGCCUCCCUGUUCAUACUCGCCGCUUGGCAAGAGUUUAAUGAGUUUGGUGUUGAUGGUGGGCCAGCAGCAAAAUCUCUCAAGCCAAAGUUCAAUGCUUUCUCGAAACAUGUGUCUAACCACACUGGAUUGCAGCUUCCACAAAUAGAAAUUAAACACAUCGUCGCUGCAGCGAUAGCCUUGAAGGGUGUUGGAGGCCUUUUCUUCAUUUUUGGCAGCUCUGUUGGAGCUUAUCUUCUGCUUUUGCAUCAGGCAAUUGCUACACCAAUCUUGUACGACUUCUACAACUAUGAAACCGACAAGAAAGAAUUUGCUUCUCUCUUCAUCAAGUUCACACAUAAUUUGGCUCUGUUUGGGGCUUUGCUUUUCUUCGUCGGCAUGAAGAACUCAUUGUCAAGGAGACAAGUCAAGAAGAAGGCUAUCAAGACAAAAACAGUUUAAGGAACGGCACGGGUUGAUUGGCAUCUUUCUCCGGUGUCUGAUCUUCACAGCGCUGGUUGUACCGAAGUUCUGUAUGCUUGUAGUAGGACUCUUUUCUACCAUUAAUUUUUUCUUUCUUUUUUUUCUUUUUAUCCUCGUUUUGGGCACUUUUAUCUUAUUCCAUUUGAGGUGUGAUUUUUGUUUCUUUCUGGGGCAAUACAUGAACUCUACUCAAAUUGAGGUUUUAGAGGGCUA